AUGGCAGCGCAGGAGUGGGAUCCUCUUCUGCCCAAGAAUGCGAUCCACCAGACCGGUCGCAACUAUACGGGCAUCCUCACCAAGACGAUUGUCUACGGUCUGACUUUGCUCUUCUUUUUCCUCGCGUAUGCAUUCACCAUUUCGUCGAUUGUCUUGCCGAGCUGGCCCGAAGACUGCCAUGGCGAAGACCGGUACUUCUGCUCCAUGUGGCGCAGCGUCGGCUUCUUCAUGACCUUUGCCGUUGUGCUGAUGUCGCUGGCCAUCGUUGCAUAUGUCAUUAUUCUGUCUGGCGGCAAGAAAAUACGCGAAACGGGCUGGCAGGUCUUGAGCACUAUUAUUAUCAUGUCUGUCGCUGUGCAGGUCGCUAGUAUGGCUCUUGUUGCCUACCUCUUCGACAACGACGAGCGGUUCUUCGUCGGCUGGGAGCUCGACAAGUCAUUCGCUUUCUGCACGGCGAGCUGGUGCAUCUCUCUUUUCUGUGCAGUUUCAGUCAUUGUGGCGGCGCGCACGCUGCCUCCUGAAGGUGGCUACGAACUCAUCCCGAAUUUUGCGCAUGAUGCCGAGGAGGUGCACUAA